CAAAGCCACUUCAUGGGCCAUUCACGUAUUUGCUCUAUGCAGCACCCAUACACGUUUGAUGUGUAUUUCCCGCCUGGGCUGGAGCGACUCCAAGGCAAGGGUAGGGUGGCCACCUUGGGCAUGUUCAUUAUCGACCACUUUGAGGUUACAGAUCAGCACGGGAAUCUCGUAUCCACAGAAGAUGAAGCGAUAGGGGGAGGGGGCAUUUUCGCCAUGAUCGCUGCUCGACAGUUUCUCCCAUCGAGCCAUGUUGGUCUGCUCGUAGAUAAGGGAUCUGACUUUCCUCCAAGGUUUACCGAGGAUCUCGAGAGGCUUGGCAAGGACAUGAUAUGGUUCCGACAUCGGGAUGGCCCAACUACCCGAGCUCUCAAUAUCUACUCUGGCCGCAAGAUAGGCGAGGGUCAUCAAUCUUUCAAGUACAUCUCGCCACAAUUGCAGAUCUUCCCCAGGGAUCUCAUUGUUGAUCCAUCGCCUUUCGCCAAACCUUUUGCACCCGAAUGGAUACAUGUUGUCUGCGGGUCUCCCCGUAUGAAGCUCAUAGUUGAAGAGCUAGAAGGACUUAAGCGAGAUGCUGUCAACGAAGGGGCUUCUCAUUUGAGAUCACAGCUUGUAUGGGAACCCUUACCGUUCAGCUGUACUCCUGGCGAGUCUGACAACCUGAUUUGGCUUGCGUCCCGUAUUGCUAUCUUCAGCCCCAACCUCCUGGAGCUCCAAUCUAUCCUCGGCAUCUCCCCGGUCUCGAGUCCAACCCACAGCAAUGCUGAGAUAGCAGCUUGCGCCUUCUUGAAACUUCUCACAGCAAAGUAUCCCAACGUACCGGCUCCUGCUAUAGUGGUAAGAGCUGGGGAAUUAGGGGCAUUCACACUGUCGCCGGACUGGACAGGCUGGGUUCCCGCAUUUUGGAGAGAGGAAGAACAAUCUCAGGUGGUUGAUGUCACGGGCGGAGGUAAUUCGUUCCUUGGGGGACUGUUAGCCGGUCUCUUGCUCUCCAACGGGGACAUCAAAGCAGCAUCGAUAUUUGCCUCGACAGCCGCAUCUUUUGCAAUUCAACAGCGCGGGCCUCCUAUUUUGACUUUCGAUGGAGAUGUAGAGAAAUGGAAUGGUGAAGUGGCGUGGGAUAGGCUUCGUGACCUUAAAAAUAGAGUAUUGUAAAAUGUCAGUCUCUGUCUGUCCGUUCCAAACGACAGCGGCUGUCAUAGUCGUCGUGCCGGGAUCGCGCUCCCCGGCUCUCCGCAACAAUGGAUGUUGCGUGCUUCGCUUCUGCCCUAAACAUCUUCGCCUGUCGCCAUCCUGUGGGUUACUUCCGAAGCUAUGAAAAGCGACACCCUCUCGCGAUGACGAAAUCCUAGGUCCCGAACGUUCGCUCUCACACGCGCAUCACCCCAUGCGCUCACCUUUCUAGCUUUGCGUCACUUGUCUAUCCUUUCUGUCCGAAUGUUUAUGUCCUUUGUGAGGGUCGUGAUGUUUGAGUUUCUGGAAGUUUCCUUGCUGGCGGAUCAAUGGAAACGGAAUGUAUCUUGAGCUUGAUGAGCU